AUGAUGUUUAAUAAUAUAGGGUAUCAUUUUUUACUACCCUUUAGAAAUCUCACAGCUCAAGCAAGAUUUCUACAAAUAAUAAGGCUUUUCACAUGUAUUGCCGCAUUAACAUUUAUCAUCGCAACAUUAAUAGGCUCCCUUGCUAAUAGGAAUAUAUAUAUUGCAAGAAUUAAUUGUGCCCGUUUAGAUGUUGCUCGUGGUUUAUAUAAUAGUUUGAGGAGCUCCGUGUCUUUAUCCUCAAGUAUUCUUGGCGAUUCAGAGGAUAAUGUGCUACCUGUUGAUUCAUCGUUAACUAAUUCCGAAAUAGCAGUGCUAACCUCAUAUGCUGAAAAUCAAGUUGCUGAUGCUCCCCAAUACAUUGUUACCUCCUUAUGGAGCUGGUGCUAUGGUAAUUAUAACAUCACACAACACAUGGACAGACAUGGUGUUGUUCAUAUAUCCAAGCAUAACGAUGUCCUUACUUGCUCAAAAUCGACGAAGAGGUAUAUUUUUGAUUACAAGGAUGAAUUAGAAUUGAUAGGUUUACAGAGCAUUUUAGCAUACGCAUACCAGUCUUCGGAUUUGAAUGAUAAAAAAUACGAAGAGACAAUAGCCAAAAGAAAUAAUAAAUACAAAUUAGUUCCAUCCGGCUUGAUAUUUGGAGCUAGUUCCCAGCUAGUUAUAUUAAUAUUCGGCUAUAUUUUAUACAGUAAUAGGGGCCCGGAGCAAAGCCUCAAUAAAAUUCCUGUUUUUGUGAUGAAUAUUAUAGCUUUAAUAUCUGUUGCAUCAUUUCUAAGUUUAGCUGUAUCCAGUAGUCUUGUGACUAAUUUAUUGAUCGAAAUUAGAGGUGAAAUUAAAUCUAAUUUGGGGGAUUAUGGAAUUGCGUUACAUUUUGGCGAUAUUUGGUUCCUGUUAUUGUGGUUGUCUUUUACAUUUUCAUUACUUUCAAGUGUUUCUUGGACUUUCCCUCUAUGGUGUGCCAAUCCACGGGAUUUUGAUGAAGAGGAAGAUUUUGAUGAUUUCCCUUAUGGAUCUGAUAAUAUAACUGACAACGAGGAAGCGGGAAUGUCUGACUUGAGCGGCCUUAGACGUAAUCCAAGUGUUUCAGAUAAAUAUAAUAGAUUCAACAAGACAAGCGCGAAUAUAUCUAGUGGUGUUCAGUACAAAGCAUCUGCGGAUUUUGGUGCCAAAAAUGAUAAUGAUGUUGAAGAAAGAGACUUUUCUGAUGAUGAGGACCAUGAAUACGAAACUGAUUAUGUCUAUAAUGAUACGAGUAAUAGAAAAUACGAUGCAUAUGGUGCUAGAAACGAAGACGAGUUACGAAAGCUUGGAGAAACAUUGUCAAGAAAAAUGUCCGUUCGCCGUCUAAACAGAAAUCUUUCUAAGAAAAGCCGUAAGUCAUACCUCCGUGAUGCAAAUUACCCAAUAUUUGAAGAUGAAUCAAGUAACUUAUUAUAUCACGACGUCAAUAUCAGUAACUCACAGUAUCCAAUGACCGAUUCGAUGGCUCACCAUUAUAGAGAAGAGACCUUUGAUGGCUACGUAAAUAGUCACAAGCCAACUACAAGUGCCAGCACUAUGUCUCUUGGAACGUCGAAAAUCCUAACUAGUCAUAUUAAUAAAGUUAGAGAAGAGGGUAAUAAUACGCCUACUCGUAAUGCAUCAGAUAAGUCUGUUGAUAGAAGAAAGAAUAAUAAAGAACAAGAUACAAAUUUUAGGUCUAAUUCACUACAAGAGAGACAUUUCCAGCAUAAUACUAGGAACAAUCCAUUUUUACAGAGUGAUACACUUGAAUCAUUAGAGAACAAAAGAAACUCUACAGGUGAUUCAUUUUUGAAUUUUGACGAAAUGGAAAUCCUAGACAACAACAAUUAUAUAAAUAGACUUUAA